ACGCUGAGGCCGUACCAAAAUUUUGAUGCAAAACAAGACGCCCAUUCACUGAGGAAGGCUAUGAAAGGAUGGGGUACAGACGAAGAUGCCAUUAUCAAUAUCCUCUGCUCACGGACGUGUGGCCAGAGGCUUGAGAUUGUCAACACAUUCAAGCAAAUGUUUGGCCGAGACCUGAUCAAGGACAUCAAAUCAGAACUUAGUGGCAACUUGGAGCGCAUAAUGGUGGGCCUACUGUACCCCAUCCAUGAGUAUCUGGCGCGAGAGCUGCGCGCCGCCAUGAAGGGUCUUGGAACUGACGAAGACUGCCUCGUGGAGAUCCUGUGCACGCGCAGCAAUGACGAUAUAAGGAGGAUCAAGGACACCUAUCACGAAGUAUUCUCAAGAGAUCUGGAGGACGACAUCAGAAGCGAAACCUCGGGCCAUUUCCGAAGACUUCUGGUCUCCAUGUGCAACGCGAGUCGUCCAGAAGGCACGCCUCCGGACCCUGGUCGCGCGAGGAAUGAUGCUCAACAAUUGCAGCAAGCGGGCAUCCAGCGCUGGGGCACUGACGAGUCGGUGUUCAACCAGAUCUUGGCCAACGAGAGCUACGAUCAGCUGUUGCUUAUCUUUCGCGAGUACAACGCCCUUACGAACCAGACCAUCAUCGAGUCUAUCAAUAAAGAAAUGAGCGGAGACCUGCGCAAGGGUUUCCUCGCCAUCGUCAAGUGCGUCUACAACAUCCCGGCCUACUUUGCUGAAAAGCUGUACAGAAGUAUGAAGGGUGCUGGAACUAACGACAGGACGCUAAUCAGAAUAAUCGUUUCUCGGUGUGAAGUCGACCUGGUCCCAAUCAAGGAGGAGUUCAACAGAAACUACAAGGCUACGCUCGAAAGCUUCAUACAGAGUGACACCUCGGGUGACUACAGGAAAGCCCUUCUAGCCCUCGUUGCUGGAAACUGA